AUGCUCAAUAGGGUUCGUUCCAUUUUUCAUUUUUCGUUUUCGCUUGAAUCAGAGAAAACGUGGGAUGAUCGAUGAAAACCUUUCGCUUCCGUCAUUUUCGGUACCCCGUACAGACUAGUACGUCUUUUUGCGGGUCUUAUUUCUUCGUAUUCAAAUCCGUCGUGUAUUCUGCUCGUUUCACUUCGCUGUAGGCUACAAAAAGCGAUAUGAUACGUACAAAAAGUGAGGAAAACGAGAGCAGCUAGCAGUGUCAAACUCUUAUUUCUUCUCCAAAACAAUAUCACUCACAUUUCCAUCUGAAACCAUCCACAUAAUGUUGUUCAUCGUCAAAAUCAGUAAUCCAAAGUACUGUCGAUGUUCGUUGUUCGCAUUCCAAUCACCGAUGCUCAACCGAACUUCGUCCCAUCUUUUUUUCUGAAAUUGCAGCUCUGUUUUUCUCCGUCAUCUUCCUCCAACUAUUACAACAGUUUUCACUCGAAUCGUCACUUUUCCGAGUGAGUCUCUCGCUAUGUUUCCCUGCUCUCGUCUCUUGAGAGAUACUUUCUACUGUGAUCAUUCACGUGAACGACCCGGUUCUCUGUCUCUAACUGUCGGGAUCUCUCCAUGUUCACAAUCUUCUCCAAUUUUGUUUUCGUUCCCUUUUGUACUAUGACGGCAGAGAGCUAUUUUGAUGAUGGGAGGUAGUUUGGGAUUGUCUCUAUAUAAGAUUGAACGGAACGCAUUGAGGCAUUGAUAACAAUGUCUACUCCAAGUGCGCCUCAACAAACGGAGAAUUCAUCGAAUUGGCCGGUACGUUCUUCAAUUCCUCCCAUUCCUCUGCUCUCUCUCUUCUCUCUCCUAAGACGAUUUUCAAAGAUGCGAUUGUUUCGGUGAUAAGAAAUGAUGUAACCGAUUGAUAAAUCUCUCCGAUCUUUAAAAGUUAUCGUCCGAGGAACCUGUCUUUGAUCACAGUCCAUUUGCGAGUGACGUAGAUGGAUAUUUAUAGAUUUGAUCGGUCUAUAAAAGUUGUGUGAACGGGGAUACCGGCGGUCUGUAGUCUCGAUUGAUCUUGACGUCACUGAUACUUUUUGAUUGAUCAAAGAUUGAUGAGGGUGUUGUAAAUUCGUGAGCUUUUCUCUUCUUGUCUGUCUCAUUGGUCAUUUCUGUUACCAUCAGAUCAUCCUAGAUAUUACCUGGAUAAAUGUCUGCGUUGUGAACACUAGGGGCUUUUCCUUUUGUCUCCCGACCAAAGCAUCAUCAUGAAGAGAGAUAUGCCCUGUCUGUGUCUCUCCAUCCUGCAAACUCUCACUCUCUUCCAUCUCGUCUCUAUUCGUCAGCCAAUUCACCCGCCGAAAUAUCUCUUGCCGACCCUUUUUGUUGUCAUCUUUUUGCUCGGUCGAAAUAAACACACCAUUCCUGCCUCAAUCGGUCGAUUUUUGCUCGCUUUGACUAGCCAUAAACUGGUAGCCAGCACGACAGUCCGCUUGGUCUGCGUCUCCUCGCUCUGUCGUUCUCUCGACCUGAUAAGGGAACACGGGAGGCGUGGUGGUGGACGAGUAUAAAUGAGUAUCGGCAGGAACCAUCCAUCGAAAACACUUCUGCCGAAUCCAUCAUUCUUUGACUAAAUACUAGUUACCUCGUUUCCCAUCUCAACUCUGCAAUUUUCAGCUCAAUUCACUUUACCGCUUGUUUGGAUCCGCAUCCUCUACUACUGUCACAAUGAGCCCGAAAAAGGUCACAAUCAUCGGAUCCGGAAACUGGUAAGUUUCGGACCUUCGUGUUCCUUUAGAAAUCACGUAAUUUCAGGGGAUCCGCCAUCGCCAGAAUCGUCGGAAGCACCACGAAAAGUUUCCCAAAUGAGUUCGACCCGGAAGUCCGGAUGUGGGUUUUCGAAGAGAUUGUAAACGGAGAGAAGCUGUCGGAAGUUAUCAACACCCGCCACGAGAACGUCAAGUACCUGCCCGGAAAGGUUCUUCCGUCCAACGUGGUCAGUACUCCGAAGUCUGAAAUAAAAGAGAAGAUAGCUAUUGUUUACUUUUUUCCCGUUCUCUCCUUCUUCUUUGCACCUCCCACGACCACGUGUUUAGCCUGCAGAACCACAGCGAAAAACAAAAGUGCGAAGUACACACGAGAAUGCAAUUUUGCAGGUCGCAGUCACCGACCUCGUCCAGUCAUGCGAGGGAUCCAACGUGCUCGUGUUCGUCGUUCCGCAUCAGUUCGUGAAGGGAAUCUGCGAGAAGCUCGUCGGAAAGAUUCCUGCUGACACGCAAGCCAUCUCGCUCAUCAAGGUAGGCAAGAAUAUGCUGAACAGAUCAUCAAAGGAUAUUUUCCUUCUGAAUUCAUCUCAUCCGCACUAUUUUUCUCUCGUUUAGGGCAUUGCGUUCGACAAAAAUGAACAGGUAGAAAACUGAUUUUGCAUGGGUGACAUGUGUUCCAUAUCGUCUUAGAAAUAUGUUUUGAUUACUCAAAAGUCUAUGUUCUUUUGUCGAAAACUCACACGAUUCCACUUGUUCUUCGACCCGUUUGGCUUUAUUCCUUGUUUCAAUAAAAGCACAGCGGUUACGAACUCCUCACUUUCCCCUAUUUCUAUUCAACCAACACAAACACUACCAAUACGAAAACCGCAUGCAAUUAGCAGUUAAAUUUCAUAAAAUCCAUACCAAAUUGGCCAUUUUUCAGGGAGUGUCGACCGAGAAGCGCGGAGGGCUGAAGCUAAUUUCGGAGGAGAUCAAGGAGAUUCUGAACAUCGAGGUCAGCGUUCUAAUGGGCGCCAACCUGGCUCCAGAAGUGGCGAACGAUAACUUCUGCGAGGCGACGAUUGGAUGCAAACGAAAGGCUCAAGACGGUCCCCUGCUCAAGAAGCUCUUCCACACUGACAAUUUCCGAAUCAACGUCGUCGAGGAUGCUCACACCGUCGAGCUGUGCGGAGCUCUGAAGAACGUGGUCGCAUGCGCUGCCGGAUUCACUGACGGACUCGGCUACGGAGACAAUACGAAGGCGGCGGUGAUUCGGCUGGGACUCAUGGAAACCACAAAGUUCGUCGAGCACUACUACCCGGGAUCCAACCUACAGACGUUCUUCGAAUCGUGCGGAAUCGCCGAUCUCAUCACCACGUGCUACGGAGGACGCAACAGAAAGGUUGGUUUCGAGAAAGGGGACGUAGAAAUGAGAGUGCUAGAUUACCAAUUGAGAGUGUUUCACGCUUCGAACAUUGCCAAAAGCUCUGAUAUUGAUUGAUUAUCAGGUCUGCGAGGCGUUCGUCAAGACGGGAAAAACGUUGGCCGAGGUGGAGAAGGAGCUGCUGAACGGGCAGAGUGCCCAGGGACCAUUGACCGCCGAGGAGGUUUACCUGAUGAUGCACAAGACAGGACUCGAUGCCAAGUGGGUUUCUUCCUCUUUUCAAUCUUAUUUCAAUCUUAUUUUGCAGGUUCCCACUGUUCACCGCCGUCCACAAGAUCUGCGCCGGAGAGAUGAAGCCCGCCGAGCUGGUCGACUGCCUCCGAAACCAUCCGGAACACAUGUAA